AUGACAGAGUACACCACCUGGUUUCCACAAGUCAAUCGUUGGCUCCAGGAGUCGCAGCGAGAAUUCUCCCGUGACUUGGCCUUGUUGUAUAAUGGACUGUUUGAACUUGAGGUUAGCGCCUCCCCUUGCAUGCCAGUGCCGCAUACUGCUUGAGUGCAUUUUUCUCAACUGUGAGUCAAUUAGGUAAUAGAGCCUAGUGAAACAGCUUGCUGUAUAUAUCCAUCCUUGCCUGAGGCAGCACCGAAAACCUGCCAUUUUCCCGUCGUGGUAGUAGAAUUUCCUCAUUUUAGUACGUAUCCUUUGUAUGCUCCCUCAUCUCGCUGUUCUUCACUAUUCGUUUCCGCUCGAUAAUAUAAUACCAGGACAUUAUGCAACGACCAAACACAUUGCUGGCCUGACCGUUGAAAAAGUUGCUCAUCUCCUUUGCUCUGACCUGCAGUGGGUGGCGUAUCCCGUGAAACAUCGGCGUAUCUAAUGAAGAAUUAUCCGAAACUCUGAAAUGUGUUUUCGAUUAGAAAGGAUUACCUAGGUAGCGUUGUAGUACUGAAUAUCGCACAGCAUAAUCGAAAUAUAUUUAAGUCACGCCAAGAUGCCGGCUUUUCAAUAGAGUUCCUUCCGGUCGCCUGUAAAAACUACAGUCGGCAAAAAUUACUACCUAACUGGUCUGACUUUUCCUCAUCGAUUACCUAAGUCUUUAGAAAUUUAUAAAAAACCACACGCGGAAAUAUUAUUGCUUGUAUUCAUCUAACACUUAAUUGCAUACUGCGCAAAUCUGAUUCUUUAAGAGACAGAGCCUUUCAGUUUUGAAGAAAGUUUUUCAAUUCUAAAAAAAUCUUGAACCGAACCUGCCGUUACACUUCAGUUUGGGAUUUUCAAACUACAAACAGUACUCCUUCCACAUAGGGAAAAUAAUGCAUUUCAAUGUGCUUUUAAGAAGCUGCCAUACAUCAAAUCAGAGUAGGUCUAAUCAAUGUAUUUGGAGUAGAUGACAGAUGUUCUUGCGAACUCAUUUUAAAAAAGCACAAUUCGACAUAGACAGCAGUUAAGUUGGAAAGAUCUGCAAGUAAUUGCAGCAUGUGAAAUGCGUAAGACAAACAGAGGAGCAGAAAUGUUAAAAGCUGAUGAAUUUGCUAAAUAACAACGAACAACAUAUUGACCGCAUUUGCGAGCUGUGUUUGGCGCUGUUAAAGUUGACGUACGCAUAAUGGGCUAUUGAAAUCAAAAGAGUAGCACGUUUUAGUUUUGGUUAACCAACCAGACGCCUUCUAAACACGCGUUGGUGGAAUGCACGACAUGCGCCGGUAAGGAAUUCCACCGUGGAAUGACUGCGAGAAAAAGAAGGAAUGCUGGUUGGUACGACACAGUUACUUCCUAAUUUGGCAAUCAUGACGUCGAAGACUUGUCUUCGGUAUUAUUUUCAAAAGAUUUUCCCAAUUCACACCAAGACCACGUCCCCGUAGCGACUGAAACGUUGGUAUAAGGUCACCUCUAUCUUGUCUAUAACAGAAGGCGUAGAGGUUUAAGGGGGUCAGGCACUGUUUGGGUGUCAAACUUUUGAGUUCAAGGACGACUUUUGUUGCACGUCGUUAUGCACCUUCAAGAGUAUCUAUAGGGCUCAUAUAAUUUUGCAAACGAUACGGAGUAUGUUGUAUACGACGUAAAGAACAUUAGUAAACAAACAGAUACGAUAACCCUUAGGUGGACAUUUCACGGUCCCAGGACUUCAGAAUUUAACGCUUUUUUAAGACCGGAAAUGAUCCCUUCCUCAAGUAUAACAUUUAAAGAUGUAAUUUACUAUCAGGUGAGUACCAGAAAGGACACUAUCGUGCUUGAGGCCUAAAAUAUAUGUCUGAGGGAGGGAGCCGUUAAUUUUGAUAGGUUUGAGGUACCAUAGCAACAGCAUCCAUUGUACAUGAACUACCAUAUUAUCUGCUUCUGUCUUUGUUGAUGGCUUCGUUCAUGAAUUUAAACCGUCAGUUAUAUAAACUUUCUGCUCCAGCAAUUGCGUCUAGUUCUUUUAAAAUGCUUAAAUCUAUAGGAAAAUCGAUGGAAAACGCACUAUUCAAGUAUCCACUUUUGUCUAGUGCAGCUUUCCCAGUCGGUCAAAAAGGGGCACAUUCAAAGACCGGCAUCCAAGAGUGACUGAAAACUCUUGGAAUUAUGCUGGACGGCAAUAAAUAUUACAGUCACACCCAAAUAAUCCUUUCCAAUGGAAGGCAAAUUUCAGAAAUUUAGUUAACGUCUUAUGAGCUAUGACAUCUACUGUAACUGUUGCGAAGUCUGUCCGCACGAUCCCGUGUGGCUGACGACAUAUCUCCUGUCAUGCACUUUUUUUCACAAACAACCGGUCCUACGAUUCUUGGCACAAUUCUGGAAAUAUUACGAGACCGAAAUACCUGAUCAGCAUUCAGCUUGUUGCGUUGUGUAAUUUUUUUACAUCGUUACUGAUACAUCGCCCGAUUUUAUUGCCGACCAAGAUGGAUGACCAACAGUUCUUGCUGGAAAUCUUCGAAAAUGUUAUUACCGACAAAGACAAGGGAGACUGGAAUUGCCAUUUCUGACUUAUUGGCCAUCGUCAGCCAGUCAUACCCAACCCCAAAGUGUGCAACACCUGGGGCUCAGUGGUUAGAGGCGUUGGACUUCUAAAUAAUAGGUCGCGAGUUCGGGCCCCAGGAAUAUAGGCAGAAUGAAAUUAUUUACAAAGACAAGGAAGACUGGAAUGACCAUUUCCGGCUUGUUGGUCGUCAUCAGUCGGCCAUGUCUAACCCGGAAGUAUGCAGACCCCCCGAGGCUCGAGCUCGCGACCUGUUGUUCCGCAGUCCAACACCCCAGCUCAUUGUUCUGCCAGUUGCGAUCGAGUAUUGUUUCAGGGAAACAAUUCAGGCCUGAUUGGUCAAUUUCUAUGUCAAAAUUGGUUCUCACUGGUUUACGCAUAUUUAUGAGAAUGUAUGCAAAAGAAAUGUCGCUAAUUACAUUCUGCCUAUAUCAUCCGCCGCUGUGCGGCUGCUGAUUAGGCUCGAGAGAGCCUGCAAGGCACAACGGAACGAGUGAGUUCCGUAAAAACAAUCAGUGAUCGUCUCUCUACCAAUCUUCGAAAAGCUGCUUCAAAGAAGGACAUCUUCGCUGUUGCACCCUCUGAGGCGUGUCAGUUGGAUCAUGCUAGACAAGGGGUAUUAAAUGUUCUUUGUUCAAAAGUUUCCUGGCGUGUACUCAUUAGUUGCCCACCCGAUUUACUGCGCAAUUAGUAUCUCACGUUUCAGAGUACUAAUACCCCUUCUCUGCUUAUAAAUGCAGCCGCUGGAGUCGUUUGGACUCGUUCCUGGCCAAACCGUCUUUGAAGGUAUCAGACGUCGAAUGCAUCGUCUGUCGGAGGACCUGGAUAAGCAUCUGGGGGCAGCCCAGGAGCCCUCGGGCGAAGUAAUGCAGGUUGACGACGCCGGAGCCGUUGUAGGACAACCGAACGUGGCCGCCGAGGAAUUCGGCUUCCUAAGUGAUGCAUAUGAAGUCGGUCCAGACGGACGGGUUAGUAAACUGCUACUGAUAACUGCGCCCUGCCCACUUCCGUUGAUAAAGUUGAAUGCUCCACCCCAGCUGUUGAUUUACAUUUCACCAACCGCCCUUGUCUGAUCCUAUGUUUUGUUUGGAUUCCCCUAGCUCAUGUUCAAGGCUCGUUUCAACACGAAGGGUUUCGAGGCCGGAGAUAUCAAUGUGUCAACGGAUGAGAACAAGUUGGUAGUGCAUGCCAAAAGAACGGAAACUAAGGAUGGUGCCACAUGCAGCCGCGAAUACUGUCGAUCGGUCUUCUUGCCAGAAGCAGUCCAGAGGAAGGACUUCAAGGCAAAUCUGACCACGGUAACCCUCUCUUUUGAUUGCAUGCAGGGAUGCUGUAACAUCGGUUGGCAUGCAUUACAACGCAAGUACAGUACUAUUCAGUGGGAAUGCAUACAUCCUCGAACCGUAUUCUGUUGAAGUGGAAGUAGUGCUGAGUAUUGGGUAAUGAAGUCUAUCUUUCUGAUCAGACACGCCUGACGCUUGUCACUAAGGCGUAUUUAGACAGUUUCAAUGAAAUAUAGGCAGAACGACAUAAUCAACCACGACAAGGGAGACUGAAAUGCUCAUUUCUGGCUUGUUGGCUGUUAUCGGUCAGCCAUACCCAGCCCCUAACUAUGCAACCUACUAGCCAGAAGUCCAACGCCCUAACCGUUGAGUUACGGACUCGUUCUCUUGUCGGUUGCGAUCGGGUCUUGUAUCAUGGAAACAGCUCAGACCUGAUAGGUCGAUUCCCACGUCUAAAUCGGUUAUCUCGUUGAUUUCAGCAUAAUUUGUGUGAAUAGAUGCAAAAGGAACGAAAAGCCCCGAACAGUGAAAUUGCUUUCUCGGUACUCGACCCGUUUUUUGUAUAUUCAAAGACAAACGCUCCACUUGCAACGGUCUGGCUUGCAGUGUGUACGCACAGCCACCAGCCAGCAUCCAAUUGCAAACUGGCUAAUUUGUAAACAGCGGUGAUCGCUUCUUGCGCGUGGCAGGAGAAUUAAGGAGCCUAGUGUCGACUCUAUUCCUCGCAGAGCUGUCUGUAGUAGAUUGCAACCGUUUGGCGAAUGGUACUCUAUAGCAAAACUUGUCGAUGCGCGCAACCUCCAAUGCCCUAGGGAGCUGGCGUGACAUCAACACGCACACGGCGUGCGGGCGUGUCAGUUAGGCCGGCUCUGAAAGGAUCGAUGUGGGGACUGGCCUACUUCCUGAACUUGCGCGCAAGUUUCUUAAGGCCUUCGGCUAGAUCGCAGUUGGUAGCCAGGUCCCGUAUUACAGGUGGCUGGGGGGUUUGCUUACUGGGACUAUUUUUUGGGGUUCCAUAAUCACAUCGGACUCAUUUGACUUCCGUUUUACGUCUGAGGUUAGGAUUAGGGUGCCGGUUAAUGGUUUCCGAUUUUCGGGUUAGGGUUAUGCUUUUAGGCUUAGCUUUUCGGGUUACGGUUAGGGUUUGAGCGUACGGUAAGGUUUCAGUAUUACAGUUAGGUUUCUCAGUUACGGCUUUGUCUAAAGACUACGAUUACGUUUACGAUUUCGGUUAGGGCUAGGGUUAUCGGUUAACGUUUGAGGUCUAGGUUAGGGUUAAGGUUAGGAUUAGGGUUAAGGUCGCCGUCCGCUUCCCCAUUCCUGGCUACCAACUGCGAUCUAACCAGGCCUUCUUUGAGGCCUUUGACUACAAGCUAGUGCGCAUGUAACCUUGCCUUUUGCAACAUUGGAAACUCAGACCUUGCCCCCCCCCAAGCCGUAGGAAGUCAUGUGUAUGUGUAGAUUAAGACAACGCAUGCAUCUGUAACUGUAAAUACGAUGCCACGAGGUUGACGGUUUUGAACGUGAACAUCUGGCACGAUUCACUCAUUUAUUUAUUUAAUUUUCACAUACAGCACUCUUAUAAUGUUCCGCUACUACUUUUACGUACGGCCAUCUACAUUUGCCGAAGCAUCUUGAACUGGGAUUUACUAAGUGCGGUUUCGUGUCGAGUUGUCGGAUGAAAAUAACGAAGGCUGCUAAUCCAAAGUGUGCGCUUACAGCACGAUAUAACAAGCAGAAGGGGGUCUUAUCUAACAAGUAAGCACAAAGAUUGAGAUGACCACCGCUGACUGACUAAUGCAACGCAGACGGGAUAAGGUGAAGUCCAGAUAAUCAUCAAAUAAAUCAGCCACUAUUUGGCUAAUGGGCCGACACGAUCAACUGAGAUAUUUUUCAUUCAUUGACAAGCCGAUGAGUCUUUUUGCCCAUUUGCAUACACUGGAGCAGAAGCGGGGGAAUAGACGGGAAACCGGCGGAGUGUCAAACGGAGACUGCGUAUUCGCCGAAAUGCCUAGGCAAAAAGUGAGGUGGCUUGUAGGCCGCCUUCCAUACCACAAAAGCCACCAUAAUUGAAGAUAGUUUUUCCCUCCCUUGGUGAGCUUUUGAAGAAUGUCGUUAAUUUUGUCUCCCAGGAUUGCUUACUAUAUCUGAAACCUGGGGUCCAUUCACAAAGUGUUCUCACAGUUUUGGAGAACCAAGUGUUCAUUGUUUGCGCAAUACUCCUUUUCAAAUGCUUGAAUCCGCAAGGCAAUCGGGUAUUGCGCUUUAUCCCCGACUGACAAUCAGAACAUGCAGUUGUGGGAUUUCUUUAGAACAUAGUGCAGCGUUCUAAGUAAGUACUUUUCAUUACGCAAGAUCCCGACUAACGCCCAUCCUUUUUCUAUUACCCAUUAAUCUUGUGCAAUAAACCUUCAUUUUCCAAACUCAGAACUUACGCGUUUGCUGAAAAAAGCUGGAGCCGGAAACCCCUACCUUUGUAUGAAGACACAGCAAGAUGUCGGCUAGCAAUUGAAAAUGCAUUGUUCUGCACUCGGAACAUUUCGCUAGUAACCUUUGAAGCUAGCCGCGCUUCAUGUUUCUUCUCUUUUUUCUGUCCCAAGGAUGGUGUGCUCAUUCUUGAGGCCCCAGUUAAAGAGCCGGACUACAACGCCAUUACCUUCGAUGCCAACCGGAAACUUUGUGUCCAUCCGAAGUCGCCUUCACCAGGGGGCGAAACAACUGGAAAGGAGUUGGUGGCUACUGGUGGGUUGCUUCCGCUCCUGUAGAGCAUCCUGGACUCUACUUUUUAUGUGGAACUUUUGAACCAUAUUGAACCAGUCUGGACUGUCUUUUAGGCAAUGUUUACGCGCAUACCGAGUCCAUGGUUGACCCUGAAGCACAAAUCUGCUUUCCAUUGGCCACUUCAAGGACAUGUUCUCACUCAUUUGUCUCGCCGAUCGGCAACGACUUUGAGCUUUCUCGAUGAUGGGCUAGCUGAUGCAGACUUCCUUUCAUGGCUUUGUCAUGUUCCCGACCCACAUGGUUAAUAGCAUUUAAAGGACAUCCUAUUUUUCGGACGUCCCUCUAAUAAGAAAUCCCUUCCAGUAGUGGGCAUAAAACAUGGCCCGGUGGGAGAAUGAAACGUCGAUAAAAAUACACACCCAGAAAACGAGUGACUCAAAUUUACUUCAUUAAGCUACCGGAUCCUGCAGGGUCAGAUAAUGUUUUAGUUCGUUUUCGUUGGAUAACAACACUGUGUAUCCGAUGCACCUUGGCAGGCCCCAUCCUAGAUAAGUGGCUAAUGUUGACGCACCGAUUGUUGGUUGUUGGGGCACCGACACUGCAAUAACGGCCUUUAAAUUUACAGGUUAUAUCAGGCAGCCUAGAGUGAUCAUGCAAAUUAGACGAACAGAUUUCACUUCCUAAGCAAGGCUAAAUGCAUUUUUGGGAAAUCGGCGCAUUCCAUGUUGACUGGGGUUUUUUAGUAGAGCAGCCGAAGUGUCGGUCGAAGUGCGGUAGUCGACAGUGAGGGGUUUUCCGAAUCAGAAGUUGUGGAGACAAAGUAGGACGGUCUUAGCUACUGCAGAGGGCGUGAAGGCACCUCAGAGGUCGGUAGCAGCAGUUCCGUCGCGCCGUGAGCUAGCUGUUAUUAUUAUUAUUAUUAUUAUUGACCACGGCGUGAGAUGCAGUGUCCAUCUGCAGCCAAUCAGCAAACGGCAUAACGCUGGUCGGCGUCAGGCUGUCGCCAUGCCGGAGGCUGAAAUACGCACCGCACAGGUGUUUGGUUGGCAAGGCGCGCUGGGCGAACCAGAUCAUGGAUUUCCUGUUUUCUACAUGUCUGCGCGCUCCUACUUCGCACACUCCAGAUUGCACGUCUAUCCCGGCACCCCUUUAGAGUAAUAAAACGAAUAUACGCCAAAAGUGCAAGUAUUCUCAAUGCCUUCCACGGAGUCCGUUAAUUGCGUCUCUCAUCUGCAUUACUGGCAAAGCCAAUAUUAACAUCCUUCCUGAUUUACAAAAAUCCCUGUGCUCUAUUUUCUCGGUAGACUUUCGAACCAAAUCCUUGACGUUCUUUUCGACCUCUACAUCCUCUCUUAGGUAAAUCCGGUCUAACGGUGGCAGAGGACGGCAAGGGCGGAAAGAAGGUGCACUUGGAAGUUGACGUUGGACCCCAGUAUUCGCCCAACGACGUUUCUGUGCGCAUGGACGCCAACAGGAUUGUAGUUACUGGCUCUAGGGACAACAAGUACUCACAUGCUACGACCACUGGAACGUUUGAGGGUUCAGAGAGUGAACACUUUUCGAAGGCCUUUUCCUUGCCGCAGACAAUCGAUUCCUGUUCUGUGGAGGCCCUUUUGAAGGACGGAAAGCUGAUCUUGGAGGCACCGCUAUGUAGACUAUGA